AUGGGCUCUGUUCUCCGAUCAAAGGGAAAUCUGGCUCCAUGGACCCCAAGAAGGCUCUCUCAUAGCCAAAUCCAUUGUCGUCGAGCUUGGAGACCAGCUCCACUAUGCUCUCCCAUUAACGCGAGGUUUACAUCCUCGAUCCAGUCCGGACAUAUCAAACUGGAGGCGAAUGAGGGGAUCGUCUACAUAAAUAAUAUCUUCCCCCACCGGCUUCAAUGGCUGCUGCGGGGCCCUCUUAGCCAUGUGCAACCUUUGGAGGGGCUAUUAAAACAAAUCAACAAUCCCAGCUUCGCUGCAGCUGAUCCAAUCCGAAUAGCCCAGCGAGCAGUGCCAAAAACCCUGGAUAUUGAAAUCAAAGAAGUGGUCUCACGCUACAAGGAAGGCGGUGCCUUCGUCAAAUACGCACGCAAGCCAGAUACAACCGACGAAAGUAUCAGCGAUGCAAUCAAGGAGCAUCUUCUUGAAAACCCCAUCAAGCCAUGGUUUAAUCCAUUUCAAACGGUAGAUGUAGAUCGUGUCCGUGGCAGGCCCUGGAUAGAAGAUCUCUAUCGCAUUCCUAGCCAGAGUUUGAAAAUUGAAUUUCUCCCAGAUUCAACCGAAGGCCCCCCAGUAGAACUCACACAAGAAGCUCUCUACACGCUCUUUCGCCCUUAUGGAAAAAUAUUGGACAUUCAACAUCAGCCUUCUGAGUCCAAGGUUGAGCCGAGGUACGCUAUCUUACGCUUUUCCCGGCCCCGAUCCUCUGUCCUUGCUAGAAAUUGCAUGCACGGCUUUGCUGCAUCUGAGGAGGAUGGUGGAGGAAAAUCCGGUACCAGAUUCAAAAUCAACUAUGAGCGUAAAAUCCGAUUCUCCAUGAUCAAGGACUGGAUUCUGAGCCAUCCAAGGAUUGUGAUUCCUGCCAUCGCGGCUUUGGUGGCGGCAAUCACCGUCAUUAUUUUUGACCCAAUCAGGACUUUCUUCAUCAAAAUCAAAAUCAAGUCCACUCUUCAUACCGAGGAUAAUGCAAUCUUACAAUGGAUCCGAAAGCAAGCUAGCAAAGCCAACAGGAUAUAUUUUGGAGCACGGAAAGCGGACCCUCGAGGGCUGACAGCUAUUUGGGAAGAUCGCCAAAGUGAUAUCUCCCAAUUGCAGGCUUGGCUUACGGAAACUGCGGAGACAUUUAUUGUUAUUCAUGGCCCAAGAGGCUCAGGCAAGCGGGAGCUUGUGCUGGAUCAGGCAUUGAAGGAUCAUCACUACAAGGUUGUCAUUGACUGCAAGCAGAUCCAAGAUGCUCGAGGCGACACAGCGAAAAUCUCCCGAGCAGGAGCACAAGUUGGUUAUCGGCCAAUUUUCUCCUGGAUGAACAGUAUCAGCAGCUUUAUUGAUCUAGCUGCACAGGGAAUGAUUGGUACCAAAGCUGGAUUUUCCGAAACUUUGGAUGCUCAGCUCAGCAAGAUCUGGCAAAGUACAGCAGUAGCUAUGAAACGGGUUGCGCUUGAAGGCCGUCACAAAGAUGACAAGGAUGCUAAUCUGAGCGACGAUGAGUAUCUGGAGGUUCAUCCUGAGAAGCGCCCCGUCGUCAUCGUGGACAAUUUCUCAUAUGACGCUGAAGAUAGUGUUGUGCUCGACAAACUUACAGAGUGGGCUGCUAGCUUAACUUCUUCUAACAUCGCACAUGUCAUCUUUUUGACUACCGACUCCUCCUUUUCGAAACCUUUGAGCAAAGCUCUUCCGAGUCAGGUCUUCCGCACAAUUGGAUUGGGUGAUUGCUCCCUCGAAGUAGGCCGCCGCUUUGUCAUGAACCACCUGGAGUCCGGGGAAUCCGAGGAUCAGGAAAAGGGGAAACAAGGCUCAACAAAUAACCUUGAAGGUCUUGACGGGUGUAUUCAGGUUCUUGGGGGCCGAGUUACCGACCUCGAGUUCAUGGCGCAUCGAAUUGAAGCCGGAGAAACACCUCAAGCUGCGGUGGAUCGUAUCAUUGAGCAAUCCGCCUCUGAAAUCUUGAAAAUCUUCAUUCUGGACACAGACUCCGCUUCUCCGCAAUGGUCUACCGAGCAGGCAUGGCAUAUCAUAAAAGCUCUCGGAAAAGCCAAAGACGGCAAAAUUCUCUACAGCAAAGCUCUACUCAACGACUUGUUCAAGAGUAACGGAGAAACAACCUUGCGGGCCUUAGAGCAAGCGGAACUCAUCUCUGUUGGCUCUGUCCGAGGAUUCCCACAAUGGAUCAAGCCUGGAAAGCCAGUGUACAAAGCUGCGUUCCAGCGACUCGUUGAGAAUAAAACUCUGGAAGGUCGCAUGGAUCUCCUGAUUCUGGGCGAGCUGAUCAGCAACGAAAACAAGAGCAUUGGCAAGUAUGAAGAGGAGCUCAAGGUGCUUGCUUCUUUCCCGAACCACCCCUGGGAGCUUAGAUCGCGCAUUCAGUGGCUGUUGAGCAAGAUGAACGGCUCGCAACUCAAGGUUCAGCAGUACGAAAAGGACAGUGCUACUCUGCAAAAGAAUCUGGCAAGUGAAGUUUGA